AUGAUUGAGCAGCUGCUUUCUCGUGGCAGACGCGGAUUCGCGGAGCUAAGGCGCUAUUCAGAUAAUUUGAGCCUUGUAAAAGUAACGGAGGAAGGGAAAGAGAAUGACUGGGCAGAGCUGGAGGUAUUGGAUAUCUCGGCUUUUAACAACACCAGGGAAAAGGAAAAGCUAGCAUCACAGUUAAACGCAGCCAUUCAAACCUACGGGUUCCUCUAUAUUGUCAACCCGGGUUUGGAAACUGCACAAGUGUCACAGCAAUUUGCCUUGGCUCAAGCCAUUUUCAGCCUUCCCCUGGAGGAAAAGAACAAAUACAUCGACCACGAAAGCAUUCCAACUCUAGGCUACAAGCCUUCUGGCGAGCGCGCCAUGUCAAGUGGCAUGACUGAUCAUGUUGAGAUCUAUGACGACCCCAAAUACAAUAGCUUUUUCCGCGAAUACCCUCGUCCAGGUCCGUGUAUUGCGCAGCAGGCCCAGACCGAAACCUUUUGCAGGUACCUACAUAGUCAUGUUUUGUACCGUCUUUUGGUACUCACAGCUAUUGCACUUGACUUGAAAGAUGAAGAGGCUUUGUGGAAGAUUCACAACUUUGAUGCCCAGUCAGAUUGCCAUUUGCGGUAUAUGAUCCAUCAUCCACGCACGGCGCAAGAGGCAGAGAUAUUGAGGAAGGAGACAGAUGAUAGCGACAUCAUUCAUCGGCACCGAGAUUUUGGGACAUAUACGCUACUCUUCAGCCAGCCUGUAGCUGGCUUGCAAGUUUGGGUUGAGAAAAUGGGAAAGUGGCAAUGGAUCAAGCCAUUGCCAGGCAGUAUCAUAGUUAACGUUGGGGAGUGCUUAGAAAUGCUGACCAACAGCUUUUUUAAAGCUCCUCUUCACCGUGUCGUGGUCCCACCUGAGGACCAGCGUCAGCUAGCUAGAUUAAGCACGAUUUACUUUACUCGCCCCGAUGAAGAUACUCCCGUACAUGUUCUUGACAGCCCUCUAAUAAGCAAAGCGAGCGAAGAGGAAUCCAAGUUCCGCACUAUUGGAGAUUGGCAGCGAAAUGUUGAAUGGGUUAUUGGGUAUAGUUACUCCUAG